CUUGCGUAAUAAUCCUACAAACAGCUCUGGUUAUUACAGCGGAAUUUCGGAAACCUCGCGAUAUUAUCCGAUAUCUCAAACAUUCGCCGGGUACCAUUAUUGCGCUAAACCCAGCUGCAUGUGAAGAGUUCAUCCCGAGUACCGAGGGUCGCUUUAACCCGCGUUACACCGCACUGACUCUGUACUGGACCCGCAGCAGAACCACAAUGCGGCUGAGGUGGAUGUUAAUUCCGCUCCUGUGCUCUCAGUGGAGUUUAAUGAUCCUGACGGCGGAAGCAAUAGAGCCGCUCACCACCAGUGUGGCUGUGGGCAUUGCUGCCGCUGUGACCGGGUUUCUAGCCCGGUAUCGCAACGUGCUGUAUUACUUCCAGGAGUGCUGCAGACCAGAGUGGAUCUCGUACAAUAAAACAGGUCUGGAAGUGGAUUUGCAGAGUAAGCUAUUUGGCCAGCAUGUAGCAUCUCGUGUCAUCCUCAAAGCUGUGACUGGCUUCAUGACCAACAAAAACCCGAAGAAGCCCCUUGUCCUGUCGCUGCACGGCUGGACCGGCACAGGCAAAAACUUCGUCAGUCAGCUGAUUGCCAAAAACAUUUACCAACGUGGAAUGUUUAGCAGCUUUGUGCACUUGUUCACAGCCACGGCGCACUUCCCACACGAAGCGGAGCUGGAAGUGUACAAGUCCCAGCUGCAGCAGUGGAUUAAAGGCAACGUGAGUGCUUGUCCUCAAUCCAUGUUCAUAUUCGACGAGAUGGAUAAGAUGCACCCCGGCCUCAUCGACAGCAUCAAACCCUAUUUAGAUUAUUAUGUAUAUUUAGACGGAGUCUCCUACCACAAGGCCAUCUUUAUCUUUCUAAGUAACAACGGAGGCGAAAAGAUUGUGCAGGUGGCGCUGGAUUUUUGGAAAGCAGGAAGGGAAAGAGAAGAGAUUGAGCUGAAGGAUUUGGAGACAGCCCUGUCCCUGUCUGUUUUUAACAACAAGAAAAGUGGCUUUUGGCACACUAGCUUAAUAGACAGUAACCUGGUGGACUUCUUCAUUCCCUUUCUCCCCCUUGAGUACAAACACGUGGUGCAGUGCGGCCAAGCCGAGAUGAUCAGCAGGGGUCUGACACCCGACGAGGACGCUAUAAGGGAAAUGGCACACGACAUGACCUAUUUCCCUCCUGAAGAGCGCGUCUUUUCCACAAAGGGUUGCAAGGUUAUCUCCAGCAGACUGGACUUUUUUAUCUAAAAUGAAGGCACAUAACCACAGAUGCUCAACGCUGUUGACACUUUCCACGAAGAACUGUGAAGGUUUUAGAAGGAACUGUAUUUGCAGUAUCUGGAAAGGAUCCUCCCUUGAUAAAAAUCCACGUGAACACGACUCUGACAUCAGUCAGGCGCGUGUAGGAGAGAGAGCAGUUUAUUUUAAUUGAUUUAAAUGGGUUAUGACAUUUCUGUUUUUAAUGUGAAUCAGUGAAAAAUGUCUCAGACUUGACUCCUUGUUUUUUUUAAGGAGGAUUCAGGCCUGAUUAUUGAUUUGGUGGUGGAAUGAAUGUGUUGAAUCUUCAACAGUCAUUUUUUAUUACCUUAUAUUGUGCAUUGUCAUGCACUAGUCGAGAACAAAAUACUUUGGUUUGUCAUAAUUUUUUUUAUGUUUACAUAGAAAGUACAACCACUUAAUAUCAUAUCUAGAAUGUCAAAAUACUGAGGGGUGUUCAAGUCAAACCGGGACUUUUGAUUUUGCAGAAUAACAGGAACCCAAUUAUGAGCGUAAAAACUGUUAUUUCUCUAUAUAUAAGGUAAAAAAAAAUUCUCAGUCUGUUGGAGCCACGAUCGGUCUGAAACACUAGCCUCCCAGGACCUCUUUUAAAGGCCUUAAGUUGGUGACAAAUUAUCAGUCCAUUUUCGAGGAUCAGGCAUUCUACUUGCUCGUUCACUGGAACGACUGCGGUGGACUCUGAGGCACCCCGGCCGGGAUCUUCAUUCACAGAAAUACAUCCUUCUUUAAAAACAUUUACGCCGUUCAAAUGUUUUAUUGCGGCUAAGAGUCCCAUCACCGUACUGUGCCUUGUGGUCUUCAAUUGGUUUCAUGCUUUCAGUCACGAGACAUUUCAUCAAAAUUGCUAGUUUUACUUGAAUGCUCCUCGUACAUAGCCUGCUAACUACAUCCGUUUAAAAAAUUGUUAAAAAAUGUAUAAUAUUUUGGGGUAAAUAGGAAAACAAUAGAAAGAAUUGAAGUUUUGAUAUAUUUUUUUAAAUCAAUUUACCUCUAAACAAAAAAUAAGAGAGUUUUUUUUAACUUUUUUUUUUUUUUUAAGUUUUCUUUUACCAAUGCGUUGUUUUCCAGACAUCACUACAGGAACUGUUUUAACACAUUUAACAGGAUAUAAUCAUGUCACUUUUCAUGCAUUAUUCCAACAAAUAUGUUCUGAAGAUGGUGUGGAAA